CUCUGAGCCGGGUGCGCGGGGCCGAGCUGCUCCCGCUGCAACAAAACCACCUUUGUGCUUUGCUGUGAAGCAGUCUGUAAGAACACAGCCAACAUCCGCACCGCUCCAACCCGCAGCGGGGGCCGUCCCGGCACGAUGCUCGGAGCGUUUCCCUGCAGGAGAAGCCCGGCCCUGGGGUUUGUCCUUCCCGUACCGCUGCCAGAACCUCACGUGCGGUUUGCGGGGCUGGGCUGUUCCCUAGCUGGGGAAGUUCUGCUUUAGUGGCCGCCUGACUGCACGGUGCUGCCGGAUGCGAUGAUCCCAGCAAUGGUGCUCGACAGGCGGGGAGAAAUCCUCGCGUGCAUUGACAGGCACCUGCUGUCUCUCUGGUGGUGAAUUUAAAACGCCUGCUUCCAUUCUUCAGGCUGCUCCGCCAGCCCGGAGCCACGCCGUGUGCCGCGGUGGGACCCGGGGAUGAUGCUUACAGGGUUUUUCCCCCUUGGCACACAGGCGGUGGUGCUCGGGAGGCUGCUGCAGUCCAGCCCCCCCUUCUGCUUGCCCCCCGCUGGUGGGCUUCAUGUGAGAGAUGGCGAAUGCCGAAGUGAGCGUCCCGGUGGGUGAUGUGGUGGUUGUACCAAGUGACAACAACGAAGGGGAGAACCCGGAGGAUACCAAAACCCAAGUGAUCCUUCAGCUCCAGCCGGUGCAGCAGGGGAUUUACCAGGAGGGCUCAGAGGCAAGUGCUGCUGUUGUGGCCGUGGAAACGCACACCAUACACAAACUAGAGGAAGGGAUCGACCCCAGCACCAUUGAAACAAACGAGGAAAUUGAGAUUGCUUAUCCCAUCACCUGCGGGGAGAGCAAAGCCAUUCUGCUCUGGAAGAAGUUCGUCUGUCCAGGAAUUAAUGUCAAGUGUGUGAAGUUCAAUGACCAACUGAUCAGCCCGAAGCAUUUUGUUCACCUGGCUGGAAAGUCUACCCUAAAGGACUGGAAGAGGGCUAUCCGUCUCGGAGGAAUCAUGCUGAGGAAGAUGAUGGACUCGGGACAGAUCGACUUCUACCAGCAUGACAAGGUUUGCACCAACACCUGCCGAAGUACCAAGUUUGAUCUCCUGAUCAGCAGCGCCAGAGCACCGAUGCCGGGGCAGCAGAGCGUGGUGCAGACCCCAACCUCAGCUGAUGGGAGCAUCACCCAGAUCGCACUGUCCGAGGAAAGCAUGGAGGAGGGGAUCGAGUGGAACUCUGCUCUGACAGCUGCUGUCACCAUGGCCACUGAGGAGGGCAUGAAAAAGGACACGGAUGAGAUCUCAGAGGACACGCUGAUGUUCUGGAAGGGAAUAGCUGAUGUGGGGUUGAUGGAAGAGGUUGUGUGCAACAUCCAGAAGGAGAUAGAAGAAGUGCUGAGAGGUGUCCAGCAGAGGCUGGGGCAAUCUCCCUUCCAGAUGACAGAUGCUGCAGUUUUAAACAACGUUGCUCACACAUUUGGCCUGAUGGACACAGUCAAGAAGGUUCUGGACAACAGGAAAAACCAGACAGAGCAAGGAGAAGAACAGUUUCUUUACACACUUGCAGACCUGGAACGGCAGCUGGAAGAGCAGAAGAAACUCGCCAAGGACCAGAAGGCCAAGUCCCAAACCAUCCAGAACGUGGUGCUGAUGCCCGUCAGUGCUCCAAAGCCCCCCAAACGACCCCGCCUGCAGCGCCCGGCCUCUGCCACCGUCCUCAGCCCCUCGACCCCCAUCCAGCAGCCUCAGUUCACGGUCAUCUCUCCCAUCGCCAUCGCUCCCGUCGGCCAGCAGUUCUCAGUGGGCAACAUCCCCGUGGCGACCAUCAGCCAAGGCUCCAGCCCGGUGACUGUCCACACUUUGCCUUCAGGCUCUCAGCUCUUUCGAUACGCCACCGUGGUGUCCUCCUCUAAGACCAGCUCCUCCGACACCGUCACCCUCCAUCCGUCCUCCAGCCUGGCGCUGCUGAGCUCUGCUGCCAUGCAGGAUGGAGGUGCCCUGGCCAACGUGGCGGCCGUGGUCAACCCCGUGGAACUGGUGGCCAUGGAAUCCGGCCUCACCUCCACCAUCCAGGCUGUGGAAGGCACCUCAGACGACGGGCAGACCAUCAUUGAGAUCGACCCGGCGCCCGACCCCGAGGCGGAUGCAGAUGAGUCAGAGGGCAAAGCUGUGAUCCUGGAAACAGAGCUGAGAACUGAGGAGAAAGUGGUAGGAGAUGUGGAGGACCACCAGCACCACGUGCAUAACGUGGAGAUCGUGGUUUUGGAGGACUAGUGGGAAAAGCGAGCGUCAGCUCGGGAAAGAGUUGGGAAUCUGUUUUAUUUUGGGCUUUUUUUUUGUUGUUCAGCAUACUUUCCAGCCGCCCCAUUUGUUUCCAUGGAUAUUU